UGUGACAGGGGUCAAUCAAAACAGGAACAAAAUGGCAGCAACUGGCGACGAAGCCGCUGCCAUGGACAGCAUCUCCAGGGCACCAUCGGCUUAUUCGGCAGCCCUGAAUCCGGCCGCGAGCGGUAGCGGGCACGCAGAAGGCCCGGAGGAUGCAGCGGAAAGCCAGGCGGCCGCUCCGAAGAGGCACGGCACAAACAGCGAUGGUGGUGUAGAGACAGCAGAGGAGGCUGUGGAGCCUGCUGAGCCCGAUAUCAACGAGUUGUGCACCGAUAUGUUUGAAAAAAUGGCCAUCUUCCUGCAGGGAGAACUAACAGCCACUUGUGAGGAUUACAGUCUAUUGGAGAACAUGAACAAGAUUACUAGCUUAAAGUAUAUGGAAAUGAAGGACAUCAGCAUUAACAUCAGUCGUAAUCUGCAGGAUCUCAACAACAAGUAUGCAAGUUUACAGCCCUACUUGGACCAGAUCAAUCAGAUUGAGGAGCAAGUAUCUGCACUUGAACAAGCUGCUUACAAACUGGAUGCAUACUCCAAGAAACUGGAGGCUAGAUUUAAAAAACUGGAGAAGCGAUGAGGGGGAAGAGGCGGCAGACUGAGAAUUGUGGUGCCUUCUCUUUCACCCUGCCUUGCAUUCUGUUCUCCCUGCCAGCGGAGCCAGGACCUGCAGGGAGGAUUUGAACUGAGACUGAAACAACAAACAGUCAGAGACACUUUGACAUGUAGAAAAUACGAAGGAGGAAGCAGCUGAAUGCACAUGAGUUAGUAAUGCAGUAUUUGGCUUAGAUUUGACUCCAAUAUCACCAAUAUCACGCAGCCAGGGUAUACAUCAUAUACCCACAUUUCCAGAGGUUUCUUUCUUCUUCUUUUUUUAAUGUAGAAUAAAAACUAAAUAGACAGCCUAUAAUAACAGAGAUGGAAUGAGGAGGAUAUACUACUAAUCUAAUAGGAAUUCAGUGGAGUAUAUAACAACACCAGUUUUGCGCGUAGGUAAUUUACAUGGCAAAGCAUGCUCACAGAUGUGUUGUAAUCAUGUCUCUGAAUCCUGGUCUCUUUUCCUGGAAAUUUUCAGACACUGACCUCUUAAAGUUCCACUUCAGCAGUACUGACCUGAAAUUUACAGUGUGGAAAAUGUUAGUACACAUUUACUAAAAACCUAAAUGUUAGCAAUGACUGUGUAGAGGUCAGCUGAUAAUGAUGACACUGUGUCUGAGUGAAUAUUUGUCUGCAGGUUAUAAAGACAUUUGAUAUGAAUGGCUUAUUUCAUGAUGUUUUUCUGGCAAUGCUGAAAACUGAAUUUUUUUUUUUGAAUAAAUUAUAAUGUGCAUAUCAUUA